AUAACCCCUCCCCUAUGAGAGGAAGAGGCCGGAGUAGGGGAGUUCUGCAGCUGGGUACAUGGAUCUCAUACAGUGCUAGGAAAGGUGGCUGCCUUCUCUCUGACCAGGAAUCAUCCUGCUGCUUUCUAUGGCUUUCAGAUGAGUAAUAACUGGGAUUGAUGUAACUGCAGAAAGGGGAGCCGACACUGAGCACACACACACACCCCUCCUGGAACAUUCUGUUUGUGGAUGUCCUGGAUAUGGAACGUUUACAUUGAAGCUGCAUUACUACCUGACAUUCCAUUAUUUGUCCUGUGAGUUGACCCAGGCUGCCCUAAGACUCUGAUAUCUUAGGCAUAGUGGGUAAAUCAGUGGAAAAGACAGAAACCUUGAUAUACACUUAGUGGGAUGGUUAAUUUUUAAGGGUUUUCCAUUGAUCAUAUUUUAGGGUUACAUUUUAAACUGGACCAGGAAGCGAGCCAAAGCAAUUUCUAGCUACCAAAUUAAAGUAGCUUUGAAGGUGAAGGUGCAGUGGGUAAGGUUAUAUUGGUGAUAAGAAGAAACUGUUAUUGCUUGGCGUUACUCAUGGCUGCUCCAAAACUCUACUUGGUACCACUGCUGUCCUUGCUUGCCCUGUUGAUUGCCUACUGGUAUCGGCCAGUGGAUGACAACAACCUUCAGAAUCGAUUGGACACAGUGCUAUCAUCACUACUUCAGGCUGAGCAAAAAGUUGGACUAGCCUCGGACAGACCUCCCCGCAUUGCAAUUGGGUUCGGAGGCUGCCUGGAUAUUCUAGUCGAUGGAGUCGCAUUGUUGAAGGAAGCUGCAAUUGAACCCAGUAACAAUCCAGUUCACCACAACUUCAUUGAGACAGAGCAUCAACUGGCAGAGAGCUUUGCUUACUUUUUUCCACCGGGUGCAGCUUCAGAGAGGUAUGUGUCUAAUGCGACCCUGUUUAAGAGGCUGGUGGAUUCUUCCAAGAGGCUCUCCGAAAUGCGUUGGGCUCUUGGAGGAAAUGCACCUGUCAUGGCUAACCGUGUAGCUGCGGAAGGAUGUGAUGUUUUAUUGGGUGGACGGCUCAGUCCAGAGGAAAUUAGUGUGCUAUCUGAACGUAUUACAGUUGCUGGUGACCCCAUAAAUGAUGCUGAUAUACACCUGAUUAUGGAGUACCCAACAGGAGCGAAGUGGGGAAAUCACGUGUCACGCAGAGCUAACAGAUACAUAGUGCACAGUGAUACCCAUAACCCAAUGAUUGACUCCCUCGAAGAAUUUAAGGCCCAGUUGGAGAGCUUUGAGCCAGACUUGCUUGUCGUUGGUGGACUGCAAAUGAUGGACAGCUUUCCUUUCAAGCCAGGUCAGAGAGAGUCGAGACUGAAGGCUCUUCAAGAACUCCUACUAUCUAUGGACCAAAAUGUAGGCUCCCACUUUGAGAUGGCCUCGUUUGUUGAGCAGAGUCUAAUGAAGGAUCUGCUUGAAUAUGUCAUCCCAUAUUCUGAUUCCCUGGGCAUGAAUGAACAAGAGCUUCCUAACCUGCUUAGUCUUAUCAAAGGUGGAAACAUUACAGUCCUUUCAGAUCCUUACCCUCGAGUGGCCUCCAUUCUUGACCAAAUGCGUGAGCUGUAUCAACUUCUUAGAUCCCAGAAACUAAAAGAGGGCCAGCGUCCCCUAACUCGAUUGCAUGUUCACACCUUGGCAUUUCAAGCCAUGAUGGUAGCCAAGGGUUCCAUGUGGAAAAACACAAUGUCUGCCACUGCAAAAGCUUCUUUAACUGCCAACCGCCAUGUAUGCGGCUCGUCUCAGAUUGACAUCCGGAAAGCUAAACUUAUCAUGGAUGAUUCUUUCUCAGUCAGUCGUGAAGUGGGAAGCCAAAGGAUACCUUUUAGUGAAAAACGGCCAGUGUCUUGCUGGGAAGAAGACCAUUAUGAAAUAUGCUUGGCACCUGUCUUGGUCUGUACGGAGGUCUUCCAGACUGCAGGUGGAGGAGAUAAUAUCUCUGCUGCAGGGCUUGUUUUGCAGAUUUAAUGCAUGCCCAUUCCGUAAUUAAACAAUAACAAACAUUCCAUAUGCUGAAUACUUUUUUUUAAUUUUUUUUUGUCUUUUUGUUUUUGAAAUUUAGAUGGUGCCAACUGUAGUAAAUAAGGAUAAAACUUGUACUGACAUGAUCUGAGCCAAGCUUUUUUUGCUUUUUGUUUUCUCUUUAAAAAAAUCUCAGUCAAUGUGAAUAAUAUCUGCACAGGCAGAAACUUUUAUUUUAUGUAAUGUAACUUUUAAAUGUGCCAUUUCCAUAUUCUAAAAAUGUUCUAAAGCAAACAUUCCAACCAAUGGGGAUGAUAUAGAAAAUGGUGUGAGUAUACAUGUAAAAUGAUCACCACAGUAACAGUACCAGGACGAUGGUGACACAAAAUGGUUUUUCCUAAAAUUAAACCAGAUUGAUCAAAGUUAGUAUUGCUCCGGUAUUUAUCCAUUUUUUCCCCAUUAAAUCACUUUUCUUAGCACUUCAAUUUGCAACAUUCAAAAUGUUAAGGACCAUAUAUGAAUUCUCAUUCAACCAUCCUUUUAUUUAUUUUUUAUUAUUGUAGUAGAUUUCUAUUUGUUAAGCAUGAUCUGUUUUCUCAAGAUAUGAUUUUAAACAAACAGCCUGUUCUUUUAUUGUACAAUUUGUAACAUUCUUUGUGGGAGCUUGGACAACAAGAAGAAAUGUGGAAUUCUAUGAUGAGAUAAGAAAUAAAUACACAUGUUUUAAAUGUG